AUGGCACGGUCGACUGGUUGCUCCAAGAAUACGCUGUUGAAGAAAGGGCCAUGGACUCCAGAUGAAGACCAGAAGCUCUUGGCUUAUAUAGAGGAACAUGGCUUUGGGAACUGGCGUACCUUGCCUGAAAAAGCCGGGCUUCAAAGAUGUGGGAAGAGCUGCAGACUGAGGUGGAACAAUUACCUGAGGCCUGAUGUCAAGAGGGGAAAGUUCAGUUUACAUGAAGAACAAACCAUCAUUCGACUCCAUGCUUUUCUUGGAAACAGGUGGUCUACCAUAGCAGCUCACUUACCUAAGCGAACUGACAAUGAGAUUAAAAACUACUGGAACACACAUAUUAAGAAACGGUUUACCAAGAUGGGGAUUGAUCCCACCACCCAUAAGCCCAAAUCAAACCUGCUCAGUUCCACCGGUCGAAACACUCGCACACUCAGCCACAUGGCUCAAUGGGAGAGGGCUCGGCUCGAAGCAGAAGCCAGACUGGUCAGAGAGUCAAAAAAACUAGUGUCAACACAAAAUAAUAAGCCAAGCUUGUCAGCUAGAGUAGUGAAAAGUAGCAAAGCCACAGCUUCAUCGACUAGAUCACCGUGCCUCGACGUACUUAAAGCAUGGCAAAGCGUAGUUGCAGGCAUGUUCGCUAUCUCCACUAACAAUCUUGAGCCUCCACCGUCAACAUUCGUGAACAACUCGAUCCCCAUCGUGGUCGGAUGCCACGAAAGCUCAGCAAACGAGCUUGAUCUAGCAAGGACUGGUUCAGUUACAUGCAUCGGAGGAUUUGCUCAAGACGAGUUAAUGUUGGACGACGACAGAUCAAAUUACCAAGUACCAGAAUUAAAUGAAAGGUUUGAUUACUCGAUGUCUUUGCAUGAUACGACAUAUCAUUGGACUGCUGCAACAGGAAACAUCGUAGAAGAUUUUUCGGAUAUCUCGGUGCAUGAUUUUGAUUACCCGAUCCAACAGGGGGAUAUCCAUUGA